AUGCUGCUGUUAUUCCUAGUCCUCUCAUACCUAGGCCAAGUGAUCACCACAGGCAAAGAAACACCACUUCUGCAGAUCACCGUACCGGAGAAAAUCAAGACCAACAUCCAGGAUGCCAAGGAGGAAGAGACACAAGUCACUUACGUGGUCAGAAUUGAGGGCAAAGCAUACACACUCCAACUUGAAAAACAGUCAUUUUUACACCCACUUUUUGGAACAUAUUUGCGUGACAAGUUGGGAACAUUGAAACCAUACUUUUCUUUAGUAAAGAGUCACUGCUUUUAUCAAGGACAUGCUGCUGAGAUCCCAGUAUCAACGGUGACACUCAGCACUUGCUCAGGCCUCAGGGGCUUGUUGCAGUUAGAGAACAUCACUUAUGGAAUUGAACCCUUAGAGUCUUCAGCUACAUUUGAACACAUACUUUAUGAAAUUAAAAAUAAUGAAAUUGACUAUUCUCCCUUAAAAGAAAACUACACAAAUCUUGAGCAAGAAAGUCAGUCCUACCGAAUUCUUGUCAAACCAGAGAAAGGUUCGAACUCGACACUAACGAAGAGAAUUCUGAGGAUAAAGAUCAUCAUGGAUAAAGCCAUGUUUGACCAUAUGGGCUCUGAGGUGGGAGUUGCAACUCAGAAAGUUGUUCACAUCUUUGGUCUCAUUAACACUAUGUUUUCCCAGCUGAAGAUGACAGUGAUGUUAAACUCUCUGGAGAUCUGGUCAGAAGAAGACAAGAUAGAAACCAAUGGGGACGCCGAUGAGGUCCUGCAAAGGUUCCUGCUGUGGAAACACAAGGAAAUAUCUCAAAAGACCAAGGAUUUAACCUACUUACUCCUGUAUAAGGAUCAUCCUGAUUAUGUGGGAGCAACAUAUCAUGGGAUGGCCUGCAACCCAAAUUUUACAGCAGGAAUCGCUCUGCACCCAAAGACAUUAGCUGUGGAGGGCUUUGCCAUUGUUCUCUCACAGUUGCUGGGAAUUAACCUGGGGUUGGUGUACGAUGAUGUCUACAAUUGUUUCUGUCCAGGAAGCACAUGCAUAAUGAAUCCUUCUGCAAUACGUUCCCAAGGCAUAAAGGUUUUCAGCAGUUGUAGUGUGGAUGAAUUCAAGCAGCUGGCUUCACAACCUGAACUGGACUGCCUUCGGAAUACACAGGGGACAGAAUUUGUUGUCCAGCCCCAACGUGGACCACUUUGUGGUAACCAUAUCCUGGAAGUCCCAGAGCAAUGUGACUGUGGCCCACCAGAGACCUGUACUCAUAAAAAAUGCUGUAACCCUAAUGACUGUACUCUGCUUAAGGCUGCACAGUGUGGUACAGGGUCAUGCUGUGAUAAAAGAACAUGUAUGAUAGCGGAAAGAGGACGCCUAUGCAGAAAGAGUAAGGACCAGUGUGAUUUCCCAGAGUUCUGCAAUGGAGUAUCUGAAAACUGUGUCGCUGAUACCAAAGCUGCAGACCUGGAACCUUGCAACAAUGAUACUGCCUAUUGCUUUGGUGGGAUUUGCCGAGACCCAGAUAGGCAGUGUGUAGAUUUAUUUGGGAGAUAUGCUAAGGGUCCUAAUUAUGUGUGUGCACAAGAAGUGAAUCUGCAAAAUGACAAAUUUGGAAACUGUCACGGGCGCUGUACUUAUAGUGCUGUAUUUUGUGGAAAAGCAGUUUGCUACUGGAACUUUGCAGAAGUCAUACAAACAGAGAAAUAUGAUGUUCAGUAUACUUACUUGGGAGGCCAGGUGUGUGUGUCCGCUCAUUUAAGAGUGCAGAGUGGGGCUAAAGAUGACACAUAUGUCCAUGAUGGCACUGUUUGUGGUAGUGGCCAGGUUUGCAUCAAAGGGGAAUGCUUACGUGUGCAUGCCCUAAGGGGAACCAGGGAGUGUGAGGCCGAAGACAAAUGCCAAGGACACGGGAUUUGCAACAAUCUAAACAACUGUCAGUGUGAAUCUGGUUUUGCUCCUCCAGAGUGUGACAUGACACCUUCAUCUCCAGGAGGAAGCAUGGAUGACGGAUUUUGGCUGCCCUUCGAUAAAAGCGCACCUCUGAUUGUCAAGCGACAUGGCCUUCAGUACAAAAAAGUGCUUUUGAUCAGUUUGUAUGUCUUCCUGCCUUUCCUCAUUGGUUUAGCCUUCCUGGCUGUCAAGUGGAUGAUUGGUAAGCGGAUGGUUAAGCAGAAUAUCUCAAAGGCAUUGGAGCACAGAGAGGAAGCGGUCAGCAGAGGGUCCAUGAAUCCAGACAUGGUCUCCAGUGGCAGCACAGACCAGAACCUCACGACGGUCCCAGGUAGCUUCACCAGAUACUCAUAUCAGGAUGCUCCUCACUACCGCAAUGCCUGCUGCGAGGGCCUGCGCCAGAAGCUGGUGUUGGUUCUGGGCCAGGUGGAGCCCCUGAGCCUCUGGGGAGCUCCUGGUGGCCGCUCUCCCACGCUGCCCACGUGCCGCACGGCUGCCAACGGUCUUGAGCUCAGCUGA